UUAUUCCCCUUUUGCUUUUUUCUUUAUAUUAUAAUUUUAAUGAUCAUAACCAAUGGAGCUUCUUCAGGAGUUGGUUUUGACUGCUUUUAUUGCUCUGUUGUUUUCUUAUCUUGUUGCUAAGCUGGUUUCAUUUUCUAUGUCUGGUGGUUGUGCUCAUGAUUCUAACUCUGCCACCACCGAGGUCAAAGACGUUGAUGAACGUGUUAUGAUGGAAGAAUUGCAGUAUGGAGAGAACUUGAAUGUUGGAGUACUUGAAAGCGAAAAUAGAGUUCAAUUAGUUGAAGAAACUGUGGAAAAAGUGGAGAAAUUUCAAGAAGGGGUUCAACAUGUCGAGGAAAUCGCGGAGUCAGCGUCACGUGACAAAGAAAUCGAAACGGAACGCUGCUGGUUACAGGAAAAAUUAAUGGAGGUUGGUGGAUUGUGCAAAGAAUCACCAGAGGAGAAAAUUGUGGAGAAAGAAGCGAAAACGGAGGAUGAUGUGGUUGAAAACACCUUUGAAAAUGAAGAAUCGGCUGUGAAUAAUAAUGCUAUUAUUGAAGAAUCGGCUGUAAAUAAUUAUGUUCCUAUUGAAGAAACGGCUAUCAAUGAUAAUGUUAUUAUCGAAGAAUCGGCUGUCAAUGAUAAUCUUAUUAUCGAAAAAUCGGCGGUCCAUGAUAAUCUUAUUAUCGAAAAAUCGGCGGUCCAUGAUAAUUUUAUUAUGGAAGAAUCGGGUGUAAAUAAUAAUGUUAUUAUUGAAAAAUCGGGAGAGAUCGGGGAGUCAAUGGAUGGUUUGGUAAGUGAGGAGGAUGAUGGGUGGGAGGGGAUAGAAAGGAGUGAAUUGGAGAAAGUUUUUGGAGAGGCUACCAAGUUUUUGGGGUCUGGAGAAAAGGAUGAUUUGGUUAGUGAUGUGCAAAUGGAGUUGUAUGGUCUUCACAAAAUUGCUACUGAGGGACCUUGCCAUGAGACACAGCCAAUGGCUCUUAUGGUCUCUGCUCGUGCCAAGUGGAAUGCUUGGCAAAGGCUGGGGAACAUGAAUCCGGAGGAGGCAAUGGAGGAGUAUGUCAAACUUCUUUCAGAUAGAGUUCCCAGGUGGAUGGAGGAACAUUGUUGUGGAGAUAAUAAAUUGGAAUCUCACGAGGCAGGAAAACCUGAUGCUGCAGUUCCUGAAUUAGGGUCAUUUUCAGGCCAUCAAACAAAUUGUACAGAUGAAAGGAACCUGAAAUUGAACUGUGAUAGUGAGGCAGGUGAUCUAACUGGGGGAUCAUGCUUGGAGACCAAGGCUAAAGAAUGACAAUAUGCUUGGCUGUUGAGCUUCCCAACCACAGGGGCCAUUCUCCUGGGUUUGCUUGACCUGAAACAGGACUAUUAUUUAUCUUAAAAGUAUACAUAUCCUUCCAGUGUGCAAGGUUCUUGUGCUAUUUAUGUUAUCUAUUGUGUCCUAAUACUAUAAUGAUGCGAUGUGGAUAAAAUAACCAUUGACAUUGUGCAUAUAUGCAUAUGUAUAUAUACUAUGAAAAUAAUGUCCUUCCCAUAAUUUAUGACCUGGGUUGUUGUGACUAUUGAAGCAUAAUAGUGAUGUCUGUUUUUACGUAACAA